GGCCCUGCAGAGCUGGCCCCUGACAGAACCCCGAGCCUGCAGACCUACCCAGACCCUGCUGAGCCUGCUAACCAGAGAGCCCCAUGAAGCUGAUGGCCCUGCAGCUGCUGCUCUGGUACAGUGCACUUUGGGCUGUGCAAGAAGCCACUCCCCUGCGCCCUGCCAGCAACCUGCCCCAGAGCUUCCUGCUCAAGUGCUUGGAGCAAGUGAGGAAGGUCCAGGCUGAUGUUGUGGUCGUGCAGGAGAGGCUGUGUGACACCCACAAGCUGUGCCACCCUGAGGAGCUGGUGCUGCUCAGGCACUUCCUGGGCAUCCCGCAGGCUCCCCUGAGCAGCUGCUCCAGCCAGGCCCUGCAGCUGACGGGCUGCCUGAAACAGCUGCACGAUGGCUUCUCCCUCUACCAGGGCCUCCUGCAGGCCCUGGCAGGAAUCUCCCCCGAGGUGGCACCCACCUUGGACACGCUGCAGCUGGACAUCACGGACUUUGCCACCAACAUCCGGCAGCAGAUGGAAGACCUGAGCAUGGCCCCUGCGCUGCAGGCCACCCCGGGCCCCUCACCCAUCUUCACCUCGGCCUUCCAGCGCCGGGCAGGGGGGGUCCUCGUGGCCGCCAACCUGCAGAGCUUCCUGGAGGUGGCCUACCGCGCCCUGCGCCACCUUGCCGAGUCCUGAGCAUCCUAGGACUCGGCAUCCAAUUAUUUAUCUCUAUUUAAUAUUUAUGUUUAUUUAAACCUAAUAUUUAAAGACAGGGAAGAGUGGAAAGGAAUCCCAGACUCCUGGGUCCGUCCCUCCACCUCCCGGCGUCACUCUCCUGCCGUGGCAGAGAGAAAGCCCCUGUCUUCCUGUCCUCUGGACGGGGAGGUGGAUAGGUAAAUACCAAGUAUUAGUUCCUACAACCAUGGUGGGCACUGGAAGAGCUGCAGUGAACCCCCAACCCCGAGGGCCCCCAACGUGGGGCCCUUGGCAGCAUCUGGAAAUCUCCCGAGUGGGAGAUGAGACAGUCUGUUUAAUAUUUAAACAGCAGUGUUCCCAGGCUGGGUCCUCGCACCCGCCCCAGCUCUGGCCGCAGCUGGGCCUGUGACUGCCAGCUUGGCCGGGCCUUGCUUCCCCUCACGUGCCCCUGCCCCCCACGGGCCUGCAGCCCAGCACAGGCAGCCAGAGCUGGGAGGCGAGACCCUGGAGUCCCACAGAAAAAUCGUUGGGAACACUAAUUUUUCUCAAUAUUUGGGGGGGCACAUUUUGACACCCGUGGGGUAUCUCUUCUUUUUCUGGAUGCA